GGCCUGCUUUGUUGGGGCGUGAGCGAGUGUGUUCCGUGUGUGAGCGUCUAUGUGUGUGCGCCUGGGAAUCCUGAGGGGUACGUGGGGGCGAAGCAGAACCGGCCAUGGCAGCAGCGGAGGAAGAGGACGGGGGCCCCGAGGGGCCAAACCGCGAGCGGGGCGGGGCGGGCGCGACCUUCGAAUGUAAUAUAUGUCUGGAGACGGCUCGCGAAGCUGUGGUCAGCGUGUGUGGCCACCUGUAUUGUUGGCCCUGUCUUCAUCAGUGGCUGGAGACGCGGCCAGAGCGCCAGGAGUGCCCAGUGUGUAAAGCUGGCAUCAGCCGGGAGAAGGUCGUCCCUCUCUAUGGGCGAGGGAGCCAGAAGCCCCAGGACCCCAGGCUGAAAACUCCACCCCGCCCUCAGGGCCAGCGACCUGCUCCAGAGAGCAGAGGGGGGUUCCAGCCAUUCGGUGACACCGGGGGCUUUCACUUCUCGUUUGGUGUUGGUGCUUUCCCCUUUGGCUUUUUCACCACCGUGUUCAAUACCCAUGAUCCUUUCCGGAGGGGAGCAGGUGUGGAUCUGGGACAGGGUCACCCGGCCUCCAGCUGGCAAGAUUCCCUCUUCCUGUUUGUCGCCAUCUUCUUCUUUUUCUGGCUGCUCAGUAUUUGAGCUGUGUCCCACCUGCCCACCUCUAGCUAGAGGAGAAUCAGUAUUGGGGGUCCCUGCUGGCCCUUCCUUGCUUUUGGACCACCCCCUCACUUCCAUGACCCGGCUCUGUUUGCGGAGGCCUCCUUCAGGAGGGCCUGGGGAGGAGUGACCAGUCUGCUCCAGACGGGAGUCUCUGCUGCUGUGUCCUGCCGGCCCAGGAGCUCAGUCUCUCCUGCCCCGAGGUGGGCAGCCUACGGACAGAGUGCAGGUCUGCGCUCUCCAGUCCUCUCUCUCCCGGCUUUCUUGAUUUGAUGCUUAGAGGUGGGCUCUCCCCAAUCCCUCCAGCUGUUGAUUUAAUUUAAUUUUUCUCUCCCCACUGUCUUGAGCUCUGCCCCAGACGCCUGUCUCCUUUCCAUCCCUCGAUACCUCCUUUAUUACAGAUUCAAAUAAUAAUAAUGAUAAUAAUAAUAAAAAGACAUGAAAUGUA